ACCGGCGGGCGCACGUUCAAUUGUCGCAGUGUGGGCGCGCUGGCGGCAUUGGGACCAUCGCCAUCCUGCACGAUCAGCAUGGGCGCCAAGAGGAACGGCUUCGUGGCCGCCGUGUGCGUCGCCUUCCUGGCCGGUGGCGUGCCUGGCGUGCGCUGCGAGGAGGAGCAGAAGGCCGAGGAGCAGCACGGCGUGCGGGGCUGCACCUUCAGGGGCAGGGCCUACGCGGUGGGGGAGCGCUGGGCCACGGGCCCGCCGGACAAGUGCGCCAAGUACCUCUGCGAGGACGACGACCAGAUCGCCGCCCUCACGUGCCCGUGGUUCAUCCCCGCGCCCGGCUGCACCGUUAGCCCUGGGGACGAGGACGCCGUGUACCCGGGCUGCUGCCCCCUGAGGAAGUGCCACCACCCCGCCGAGGACGCCGUCAACGCCACCAAGGAGGACGCCGUCAAGGAGGACGCCGUCAAGGAGGGCGCGGGCAAGGAGGACGCCGUCAAGGGCCCCUCCAGGAACACCUUCCGCGUCAGGCUGGGCGGUGACGAGGCGCCCAGGAUGGCGAUGGCGACAACCGCUGCCACCACGACCGACGCCGUCACCGAGGCCACCACCAUGGCGACCACCACCGAGGCCGUCACCGAGGAGGUUGAAGCCGUGACGGAGGGAGGGCCGCUGGAGGCCGCGACCGUCACGUCGACGAUGGUGCCCCCGCCGUAGCGCCCGUGACACGGCCGUGACGACGGGAUUCCGACUCUCGGAAUCAGUCUGCAGGUGGCGAUCUCCGUCCGCAGUCCGCACCGAUGUGCUACUUCAUUCCGCAGACCGUGGCAGGCCGAGCCUCCCAAGCCAAGCCACAGCCCCGAGCCAAAGCAGAGCAGAGACCAAAGGAAUGCCCUAUCGCCGACAGGCGGUGGGCUUCAACAUGUUGAUCGCGUUUAUCUAGUUAAAUAGUGUUAGUGUCUGUCGAUCUUUUGUAUUCCAACUUUGUUGGAGAUUAAACACUUUAUGUACAUAGAUCCUAAAAGCCA